CUUGUGGUCCCUGAACCCUGGGAACAUUGUCUGAACAUCGACGGGACUAGGACCUGCUGGAAAUGGCACUCCCAGCCAGGCCACGCUGCAGGAUGCUGCUCACCUUCCUGGUGGUCCUCGGGGUACCGGCGAGAGCCUGGAAGGGGCUGAGCCCCGAGCAGCUCCCACUGGCCCCCCAAACUGGGGAUGGAGGCAAGUUGAUGAGACAGGAAACCACCGGUGUUAACAAGAUGCUGCCAGGUCUCCUCGAAAUGAGGAAGGACAACCAUGAAUCUGGGGCAGCAUCUCAUCUGGACAAAGCCAGCCUGCCACUGCUAGAGGAGUCAGCAACAAAAGCAUUGCCCUGGCCGAUGAGCCCGGGUGCCAAGAGACCUGCUCCUGCAAAAAAGGUGAGAAAGGUCUCCCUGUCACUUGAUGUCCCCACCCAUGUAUUGAAAAUCCUGCUCGACCUGGACAGAGAGAAGGAGUUGCAGGCCAAGGCGGCUGCCAACGCUGAGCUGAUGGCCCGUCUCGGGCGUAGGAAAUGA